AUGGCUGGAGUGGCUGCCAUCAGAGAGAAGACCUCGUUAUCAGAGGAGACUCUCGAUCACGAGAGUGCAGGCAGAUGGACGAGUGCGCUCACCUGCCACACACAAGCACUGAUUACGGAGAACGAUAGUCUGACUCAUACACUCGGCUUACUGAAGUGUCAUAUCAAUCUGUCACACUAUGACACUGUGCUGGUGCAUAUCGGCGCCACAGCUAAG